CAAUACAAUACAUUAUCUUCCCAAAUUUUGUGCAUACUGACAAUACAGUAUGGCAAGGUGGUUAUCAUUGAAUGCCCCCCUUUCUUGAAAAGUUGCACUCGCAGUAGCACAGUGCCUGAAUCUGAUCUCUUUCUGAAACUUGUUGAACUCAGCAGUUCAGCUGGAAAAAGAAAGAAAGAGAUGAAGGGGCCAUAAUAAAGUGAUAGAAAGGUUAGAGGAGAAGGGUCUGAGCAGCAUUGUUGUCUUAAUAUCAGAUGGAGCAGGAAGAAAAGCAGGAGUCCACUUCACCCCUGCCUGUUAUCCCAAGAUUAGAUCGCAUUGAUCGCCUGCUGCAGUUUCUGGAAGAGAAGCAUUGCUCGGCGAGAAAGCAAAAUUCCUCCAGUUCUGCCAUCCGACAAAGCUUGCCAGAAGAUCAGGAGUUCAAGACUCUGUCCUCUGCACUUGAGGAAGUUCAUCACAAAGGCACACUUAUGGAGCGAGUGGCAAUGCUUGAGAAUCGAGUUUUACAGUUGACCCUGCAGAUGGAUGAAGGAAACACAUCAGGGUCGAGCUCUUCCACCAUUCCAGAUCCUGUAAAAACUGAUAAGCCUUCGGGUUUACACACCAUCACCAGACAGGAGGAAGGCUCCGCAGAAGCAUGUGUGACGAAGCCACAGGCGUCCCAUAAAAGAAGACAGAAAACAAUAGGCCCCAUAACGCGCCACAGAAAAUGGGUGGCCUGGUUUCAGAUGGGAUGCUAAUACCAUACACCCACCACAUCCUCUGCAUUCCAGAAUGUAAACCCUUACUAGUUUCAUACAUUCUGAAUCCAAUGUGCCGAUUUCCCUUCUUA